CUGGCUUUACUGAAUUAACUAGCUGUGUCUGCUGUCUAGUUGGACCAGAUUUAGCUAGAUAAUGGGGUAGAGAAUAGUUGAGCGGUGCUGUGUGUAGCUUGAACUGUACUGGCUGGCAAGAAUCUAGUAAGCACCCUAUGCACUGAUAACUCGUCAGAAUGGAGGGUAUGUUCUAGGGAUCUGGACAGCUGUACAUCCAAAGGAGCCAGGGAGUGCCAAUCAUCUUCUCCCAGUCUCUGACACGCUAAACAAAAGGAGCUAGAACUGGGAGUCCCAGCUAGAAUUGCUAGCCGGAUCUAGACUAAUAGAAUGACUUGGAGGCGUGGUGAGGCCGGAUCCACACUAAUUGAUCGACCUAAAGACGCUCCUGUUCCAGAUUUCACGAAUGGCAAGGAAAGGGUUAUUUUUCAAAACUUUUGAAUCCAAAUGGAGCUGAUUGGACUCCUUGACACUGUCAGCGAGCUUGAGCACACUGUCAGAGAGCUUGAGGAGGACCAGGAAGUCUGUUAUGACCAUGACGAGCCCAGUGAUGACGAUUUUGAGACAGAUCUGGAGAGUGAUUCAGAUGCUGCAGUGGAGGAUGAUGACGAAAUGGUCGAUGGCAUGGCUCCGACUCCCAAACGGAGGAAGCUGGCGAGGGACAAUGGACUCCAAAAAGCUAAGUCCACAGGAAGAUACCCCGUCUUUGGCGGUGUGGUCGGUCCUGUCGAUCAACUUGAUCCGUCUGUAACUCCAUGCCUAGAUUUUGUUAAGUUACUUUGGCCCGAUAGUUUGUGUGAGUACAUAGCCGAACAGACCAACCUGUACGCUAGGCAGUGUGGUGCUAAGGGUUGGUCAGCUACAAACAGUGCCGAAUUGUGGGUGUUUUUGGGGAUUGUACUAGAGAUGGGCAUUCAUAGGCUCCCUGAAAUUACGGACUACUGGUCCAAGGAUCCCCUUUUAGGUGUACAAUGUGUGAGCAAUGUAAUGUCGCUCAAAAGGUUCCAAAGUUUAUGGCGGUAUCUGCACUGUGAGGACAAUACGUCCAUCACUGAUGCACGUAAGGUAACUAGCAAGCUAAAAACUGUUUUAGAGACUCUUAAAGCCAACUACUUCAUGAGGUAUAAUCCCAGUCAGGAGCUUUCCGUUGAUGAGAUGAUGAUAAAGUACAAGGGUCGUAAAAGCGGGAAAAUUCAUAUGCCCAAGAAGCCUGUUAAACUGGGGUUCAAGGUAUGGUGCUGCUCAUGUUCAUGCUGUGGGUAUCUCUGUGUGUUUGAUGUAUACAGUGGUAAGCUCACCGAUUCCUCUGGGAAAAAGAUAGCUGUGAAAGGGCUUGUGAAAAAUGUAGUCCAUCGUUUACUCACUCCUUUUUAUGGUCAUCAGCAUGUUGUGUACAUGGACAACUUUUACACGUCCGGUCCAUUGAUAGAAGAGUUGGCUAAGCAAAAUGUGUUUACUGUCGGCACAAUUUUGAAGAAUGCUGCUGGUUUCCCAGCAAGUCUUAAGGAUGUGGUACUCGACAAAGGUGACUAUACGUCCAUGACUGUUGGUGAUAUUUCUUACUCUAUGUUUAACGACCGUAGAGUUGUGUCCUUUGCAACAAAUGUGUUCCCUGACCAUAUGCCCCACACUGUAAUGCGAAUGCACAAAGACGGUACCCUACGCUCUCAGAGUGUCCCCCCCUGUCUCCCUGCAUAUAACAUGUACAUGGGAGGAGUUGACAAUACAGGGCGUAUGAGGAAAACCUAUGGGUACGAUAGAAAGUGUCGGCGGUAUUGGUUCAGGAUUUUCUUUCAAUUCCUUGACGUUAGUGUGAAUAAUGCAUACAUUCUAUACAGGCACAACUGUGUCAGGGUGGGUUCAAAGGCCAUGCCUUUGAAAGGGUUUCGAUUGGAACUAAUUCAUAGUCUAUUGGGUGUGCCACGUACUCGUAGCAGUGCCUCAGGUCUGGCCAGUCUAAAUAUCGUUUUCCCCCCAUCACAGGGCGCACGUGUGAGUGCAAAUAGUGUCGGAGUGUCUCGUGGGCGCUGUCAAGUGUGUGUUCGGGAGAAGAUCCCUAGCAGAGAGCAGCAACACACUGCAAUGGCAUGUCCCCACUGUCGCAUAAGAAUAUGCAAAGGACACUCUGUUAUCGGACACACAUGUGCUAGCUAAUGUGCUGUGUGACUGAUUUUUGUUAGAUGGUACUCUCCUGGUCUAAAUUGGCCUUGGAGAGGGGAGGAAAGGGGUAUUAUUUCAAUGAUUAAUAAAAUUGUGAUAAAGAAUUCAGUUGUAUAUGAGAGGCCCUAACCCACUCUGUUGUAAAUUCUGUUGUAAUUAUUUUUCAAAACUUUUGAAUCCAAAUGGAGCUGAUUGGACUCCUUGACACUGUCAGCGAGCUUGAGCACACUGUCAGAGAGCUUGAGGAGGACCAGGAAGUCUGUUAUGACCAUGACGAGCCCAGUGAUGACGAUUUUGAGACAGAUCUGGAGAGUGAUUCAGAUGCUGCAGUGGAGGAUGAUGACGAAAUGGUCGAUGGCAUGGCUCCGACUCCCAAACGGAGGAAGCUGGCGAGGGACAAUGGACUCCAAAAAGCUAAGUCCACAGGAAGAUACCCCGUCUUUGGCGGUGUGGUCGGUCCUGUCGAUCAACUUGAUCCGUCUGUAACUCCAUGCCUAGAUUUUGUUAAGUUACUUUGGCCCGAUAGUUUGUGUGAGUACAUAGCCGAACAGACCAACCUGUACGCUAGGCAGUGUGGUGCUAAGGGUUGGUCAGCUACAAACAGUGCCGAAUUGUGGGUGUUUUUGGGGAUUGUACUAGAGAUGGGCAUUCAUAGGCUCCCUGAAAUUACGGACUACUGGUCCAAGGAUCCCCUUUUAGGUGUACAAUGUGUGAGCAAUGUAAUGUCGCUCAAAAGGUUCCAAAGUUUAUGGCGGUAUCUGCACUGUGAGGACAAUACGUCCAUCACUGAUGCACGUAAGGUAACUAGCAAGCUAAAAACUGUUUUAGAGACUCUUAAAGCCAACUACUUCAUGAGGUAUAAUCCCAGUCAGGAGCUUUCCGUUGAUGAGAUGAUGAUAAAGUACAAGGGUCGUAAAAGCGGGAAAAUUCAUAUGCCCAAGAAGCCUGUUAAACUGGGGUUCAAGGUAUGGUGCUGCUCAUGUUCAUGCUGUGGGUAUCUCUGUGUGUUUGAUGUAUACAGUGGUAAGCUCACCGAUUCCUCUGGGAAAAAGAUAGCUGUGAAAGGGCUUGUGAAAAAUGUAGUCCAUCGUUUACUCACUCCUUUUUAUGGUCAUCAGCAUGUUGUGUACAUGGACAACUUUUACACGUCCGGUCCAUUGAUAGAAGAGUUGGCUAAGCAAAAUGUGUUUACUGUCGGCACAAUUUUGAAGAAUGCUGCUGGUUUCCCAGCAAGUCUUAAGGAUGUGGUACUCGACAAAGGUGACUAUACGUCCAUGACUGUUGGUGAUAUUUCUUACUCUAUGUUUAACGACCGUAGAGUUGUGUCCUUUGCAACAAAUGUGUUCCCUGACCAUAUGCCCCACACUGUAAUGCGAAUGCACAAAGACGGUACCCUACGCUCUCAGAGUGUCCCCCCCUGUCUCCCUGCAUAUAACAUGUACAUGGGAGGAGUUGACAAUACAGGGCGUAUGAGGAAAACCUAUGGGUACGAUAGAAAGUGUCGGCGGUAUUGGUUCAGGAUUUUCUUUCAAUUCCUUGACGUUAGUGUGAAUAAUGCAUACAUUCUAUACAGGCACAACUGUGUCAGGGUGGGUUCAAAGGCCAUGCCUUUGAAAGGGUUUCGAUUGGAACUAAUUCAUAGUCUAUUGGGUGUGCCACGUACUCGUAGCAGUGCCUCAGGUCUGGCCAGUCUAAAUAUCGUUUUCCCCCCAUCACAGGGCGCACGUGUGAGUGCAAAUAGUGUCGGAGUGUCUCGUGGGCGCUGUCAAGUGUGUGUUCGGGAGAAGAUCCCUAGCAGAGAGCAGCAACACACUGCAAUGGCAUGUCCCCACUGUCGCAUAAGAAUAUGCAAAGGACACUCUGUUAUCGGACACACAUGUGCUAGCUAAUGUGCUGUGUGACUGAUUUUUGUUAGAUGGUACUCUCCUGGUCUAAAUUGGCCUUGGAGAGGGGAGGAAAGGGGUAUUAUUUCAAUGAUUAAUAAAAUUGUGAUAAAGAAUUCAGUUGUAUAUGAGAGGCCCUAACCCACUCUGUUGUAAAUUCUGUUGUAAUUAUCUCUUUCCUUGGCAAUCUGUUGUAGAAAUUACAACAAUGGGUAAGGAAUCGUUAUGAUGAAUUAGAUGAAGUUGUAUGUGAGCUCCUCCCUGACAAACAAACUGUAGUCUAGGUAACCGCCUUAUCAGUCAAGUAGGCUAAAAAUCUGUGUCCUUUGAUGUAAGCUUUGAUGUCUCUUUGUGCAUAUGUAGUUAUAAAAAAAAAAAAAAAAAAAAAGAAA